AUGCUGCACCAUUACGUCUAUCUCCUCGCCUUACUCUCUUUUCUACCAUAUGCUACUGCUAAGGUGACAUGUCCGGCCUCGUCGAAAGGUCACGUGCUCGAAUGCGCGUUUGCGUGCUGUCCUUCAUUUGAGGGUGCAGAUCAGGGAUAUUACUGUUGCGGACCUGAUGACACACAGCGAAUCACUGAUGGACAUACACGAGCUGAGCGAUUUGUGGCCUAUGGCAGUACAUUCCAGAUUGAUUACACUUUGCUCAUAAUCGGCCUAAUCGUCUCUAUCAUUCUGUCGAUUCUUCUUUCAUUCUUCUGUUGUCUUCUUUGCAAUGGCUGCUGGCUCCAUCGUCGACGAAAUCCACACCUUUAUGAGACCGUGAACGAAAGUGGAUGGUACCCGAUUUGCUGUUAG